AUCUUGGAAAUGUAAACCACCAUUUUAAUUAUUUUAAAAGAUUUCUAUAGUCUGUUAAACCUUAUUAUUUUCGCUUGUUGCCAAAGGAAAAGAGAACCAAAUCUUUUCACCUCGAAGACAUGAUCGGAUAUAAUAAAGAUAAGUAAAAUCAUCCGACCAAAUCAGUGUGGUGGAUCAUACGUAUCUGUUGCAGACUUAUCUUGACACUUUUAACUGUCUUUUUAAUCUAGAGAGGAGGCUUUCUUUAUUUGUAUAUAAACUGCGUUGUGAACUUCUCCUCCUCCACCAAACACACACACGCACGUAAAGGAAGAAAAUGAGCAAUCUUCAAACUGUGUGGAAGCAACUGGAACCAUGGUGUGAACUUAAAGACAAAGUGGUUCUUGUGACAGGAGCUUCCUCUGGUAUAGGAAGAGAGAUCUGUCUUGAUCUAGCCAAAGCUGGCUGCAAGGUUAUCGCAGCAGCUCGUCGUGUCGACCGUCUUAAAUCUCUCUGCUCUGAAAUCAACACAACAGGAGUACAAGCCGCUGCCCUUGAGCUAGACGUUUCAUCAGACGCAGCCACCAUUCAAAAAGCGGUUAAAGAAGCUUGGGGAAUCUAUGGAAAGAUCGAUGCGUUGAUCAACAAUGCCGGAAUCAGAGGGACUGUCAAGUCUAGUUUGGAUCUGUCAGAAAACGAAUGGGACAAAGUCUUCAAAACCAAUUUAACAGGAGCUUGGUUAGUAUCCAAAUACGUAUGCGUUUUAAUGCGUGACGCUAAACACCGUGGUGGCUCGGUGAUAAACAUUUCAUCUAUCUCGGGGCUCCACCGCGGUGUAGUUCCCAGUGGAAUCGCGUAUGCUACUUCCAAAGGUGGUGUUGAUACCAUGACAAGAGUAAUGGCUAUUGAGUUAGGGGUUUACAAUAUUAGAGUGAAUUCUAUAGCACCAGGGCUUUUGGAGUCAGAGAUGACACAAGCUCUUAUGCAGAAAAAGUGGCUCAAGAAUGUGACUGAAAGGACUAUCCCAUUAAAGGUGCAACAGACCGUGGAUCCGGGGAUUACCUCUCUGGUUCGCUAUCUAAUUCACGAGUCUUCUCAAUAUGUCUCGGGGAAUAUAUACAUUCUUGAUUCUGGAGCUACAGUGCCCGGCCUGCCCAUUUUUUCUUCUCUUUGA